AUGUCGAAGAAGAACGGAACCCGGUUAGGUUCGAUGGAAGAUAUCCGUAAAGUUUUCCAGCGAUUCGAUAAGAACGGAGACGGCAAAAUCUCCGUCGACGAGCUUAAAGAAGUGAUCCGUGCACUAUCUCCUUCCGCAUCACCGGAAGAAACCGUAAAGAUGAUGAAACAAUUCGAUCUAGACGGAAACGGAUUCAUCGACAUGGACGAAUUCGUAAAUCUCUUCAAUCAAGGAGGAGGAGACAAUAAUAACGAUGUUAGAGAUCUGAAGGAAGCGUUUGAGUUGUAUGAUUUGGAUGGUAAUGGAAGGAUCUCAGCGAAAGAGCUUCAUUCAGUGAUGAAGAAUUUGGGUGAGAAAUGUUCAGUACAGGAUUGUAAGAAGAUGAUUAGUAAAGUUGAUGUUGAUGGUGAUGGUUGUGUUAAUUUCCAAGAGUUUAAGAAGAUGAUGAACAACGACGGUGCUUGA